CUAAAUUUGUUUAUUCCAAGAACACAUCUCUACUAACAAUGGAAAUCAAAGAUUUCACACGAGGUGGAACUGUCGAUCUCCAUGGCCGCCCUGUUUUUGCUUCCAAAACUGGAAAAUGGAAAGCUUGUGCUUUCCUUGUUGGAUAUGAAGCAUUUGAAAGGAUGGCUUUCCAUGGGAUAGCUUCGAACUUGGUGAAUUUCUUGACGACCCAACUCCAUGAAGACACUAUUUCAUCUGUAAGAAAUGUGAAUAGCUGGUCGGGUUCGGUCUGGAUCACGCCGAUUCUCGGAGCUUACGUUGCAGAUGCUUACCUCGGUCGGUUCUGGACAUUCACCGUUUCUUCUCUCAUCUAUGUCAUGGGAAUGAUAAUGCUCACAACAGCAGUUUCACUGAAAUCGUUGAAGCCAACAUGCAGCAAUGGAGUGCGCAACAAGGCAUCAACUCUGCAAUCAACUUUCUUCUAUAUAUCUCUCUACACAAUAGCAAUAGGAGCAGGGGGUACAAAGCCUAACAUAUCAACCUUUGGGGCUGACCAGUUUGAUGAUUUCAACCCCAUGAAAAGGAGCUAAAGGUCUCCUUUUUCAACUGGUGGAUGUUCAGCUCUUUCCUCGGUGCCUUGUUCGCCACUCUCGGCCUAGUCUACAUUCAAGAGAAUUUGGGUUGGGUGCUCGGUUACGGGAUCCCAACG